GGAAUACGUUUAGGUCCUGAAGAAAAACUUUAAAGAUCAAUGACCAAACAGUGAAAAUCAAGUUAAAAUUAUUGUUCCUGUUGUCAUCGAGAAAACGCAUCGGGGAAGGUUGACACACGAGGCUUAACGUAUCUAACAAAUUUAUUUUCCAAUAGCACAACAGGAGAAUGCGAUAGAUCGUGCUCUGAAGCAGGUAUUAUAUUGGCUGACUUCCAUUCCUUUUAUAGAUGAAACAUAUUCUACAUCUCUAGAGUGGGACUGAUAUAGUUAUUCUCUAUUGCAGCAUGAAGUUGAGACGUCUUAAGCGUCUUUGUAAAUAUUCUGUGAUUGGAACAUAACAAGGAUUCAUUUAAAUAUUCUAGAUUGAAAACAAGAGAGAUUUACAACAAUGAGGCCGGCUGUAUAUGCUAGUGUUAUGCGGAACCGGAAAUCUGGGACAAGACGUGUUUUACCGACGCCCCAUGUAUAUUCGUGGCAAAGAUUUUUUGUGAUGUUAUUUGUUGGUGCUGUUUUAUUCAUUCCUGGACUAAUUGUGACUAUAAUUGGAAUAGAAUAUAACGAUAAUCUGGACGAAAUUCCCGGAGAUCGAGUACUGUACAAAUUUAUUGGACCUGCAAGUUUGGCAUGUGGAGUUUGUUUGAUAUGUGCUUCAGGGAUAUAUUAUUGUUGUUGGGGUGUACAGAGCCCCGUUAGCUCAACUCGCGCACGUAAACAUAAGAAAACCAAAGAAAAGACAGAGCAAUCUGACCCGUUGCAGGCAACAGUUCCUACCAUUUCAAAUGAAAGAAACGCCAAAUCACCAUACUCCAGCGUUCGCUCACAUGGUAGUUCUCCUUCUGGUCAUGAUGGACACACCUCAAGUGCCCCGAAUACACCAAACCAAAGGUCAGGACGGCAUAACAGUGGAACAAAUAGACACAGAUCAUCUUCACAGUCAUCUACACAUUCCUCACGUAAUCAUUCCCAUCACAAUUCACGUCAUAGAAACACGUCCCAAUCCCAUCAAAGUCAACAUUCUCACAAUUCACAUCAUAGCCCCACUCACAAAUCACCGCAGUUAUUGAAAGACAAUCAAGUGCCCUUUGUACACACUUCAGCACCAUUGGCACAAGGAGAGACAGGCCAUCAACCUACAAGACUAAACUCUAUGGACAUUUCAAUUGACAUCGACAAUAUAGAUGAUGACAAGAAAUAUUGACCCAGCGGAGAUUUACUGGACCAAGUCAUUUCGCUGUUGCUCAAUUAUCAUGUUGUAGAAAUAGGGAAAGUUUUAAUCCAUUAAAAAGUUUUGAAAACAUUUUAAGACUUCUUUUUAAAAAAUUAAAGCAAAAAACAAUGAAUCAUUAUAUUAAUGAACUUUUAAGUAUAAUAAACAUAUUAUACAAUAUUCAUGAUACAUGAAAAUACUUUUGUAAAAUAGGUUGUCAUGUGAUUUGUUACUUUAUACAUGCAUUAAUGACUAACUUUAAGUAUGAUGCCAGUGAUUUUAUUGACCAGUACUAAACAGAAACAAGGCAAAUGCUACAGACUCGAUUUAAUUAAGCCAUUUCGUGGAUGACGGAGGUUCAACGCUUCCUUGAGGAACUAAAGCUUGAUCCCACAUACCAAAUAGAAUUCAGUAUAGUCAAGGAAAUGUGGUGUUUUUGUUGAAAGUGAGUGAAAUGAAUAAUCUUUUAAAAAUCAUUAUUUAGGUUAAGAUUAUACAUUUAAAAGCACAGAACCAUGCAUUGCACAUAUUAAAAUAAUGGUUCUAAAUUUUCAGUUUCCGUUACCCGACCACCACUUUUAUUAGAGAAUAUUCGUCAAUCAAUGUCGAUAGUGAGAAAAUGUUUGAGUAAAUCAAUAUGAACAUGUAUUUUUUGUUUUCUUACUUAGGUAUAUUACCAUAACGUAAGAAGUAUUUUAUUACGUAAUAAUAGGAUGUUUAUACGUUGUAUAUUUUUUUAGAAAUAAAAUAUCUUCUAACACUUAUAUUUGAUAAGCUACUGAUUACUUUAUUUAAAUGAUUAUUUGGCAUUCAAAGUUAAGCAUGGAGUUCUCGCCAUCAGUUUUCACCAUAUGAAAUGUCAAAGUUACCGUUUAAAAGUAAUGUAUUUGUAAUAAUUGUCUUAAUAGUCUAGAUUUCUUUAGUUAAAGAUUUACUAUGCUCGUCUUUAGGCAAAAAUACUUUUAUUGCAAAAGAAAUAUUAAAAUCUAGAACAUUCUAACUGAAUAAGUCAAAUUUUAAUAAAAGAACACACACACUAAGUUUGGGAAGCUUCAUGUCCUAUUACUUGUCAAGUUAAUUUAGUUCUUUCUUAAAAUAAAUGGAAGAUCUUUUAAUGACACUCUGUAUUCAUACUGUAUGUGCAUAUUAUGUGUAGAGUUUAAAACGUAACAUAUCUUCUCUUGUGUGUACUCAAAAUAAGUUUAUUUUACAUUAAAAAAAGAAACUGUAGAUUAGCAGUUAUCAGUUAUCAAAUUUGAGCAUAAUAUAUCUUUAACGUUUACCGUUAUACAAUAUAACAAAUACCAUGACUUUAAAAAAGUUUAAAUAUUUUCAAAAAUUGAAGUCUGCACGUACCACUUUGGAUUAUAACUUUAAUAGAUAAAUUAUGUUUAGAAAUGAAAAAGGUAUGAUUCCUGCAAGCUGUACGUGUGUGCAAUGUUUUUUUUUUUAUAAUGUAUCAUAAGCAAAUUGUAAAUUUUAUUCCAAUUUGAAUAAAUGUGUUCAAAUAACUGUUACAACUUUAUAAAGCCUUCGUAAUGCUGUUUGAUAAAACUACUCUUCAUUUGUGAACUAAGUACGAAUACUCGUAUAUUUAACAUACUAUUAAAGGUAUGAUACAUGUUACAAACUAAAAUAGGAAUUUGCAAUUAUUCACCUUUUGUCAUGUAAAGACAUUUUAAAGGCGGUAUUUAUACAAUCACACAGAAAAGUGAUUUAAACAGUCAAUAUUAAUGCAUUUAUUUCCAAUUUUAGCAGAUUUAUACAAGCAUAUUUGAGUUAAACUUCUUAAUGUAGAUGUCAGUCAAACAAGAGGAUUAUAACGGUUAGAUGAUAUUGUGAAUACAAGUAAAUGCGAAUCAUGUGAUAGAUUUUAAUUGGCUUUGAAUUAAGUUUUAUUUAUGUUAUCUUUAGAGAUAUACAAUGCUCAUCUUUGGGCAAAUUACUGUUAUUGCAUAAAUGUAUUGAAAUCUGCUAAACUCCUCCAGAACCUGUCUAAUUAGUGAAUGUAUAAAUUUUGUUUGGGAAACUGUGUUGAUUCCCUGUUACUUGUCAAAUUAAUUUGGUAUAUUUUUAUGAGAACUGCUAGUUUUUUAAUGACACUAUGUAAUUAUACUGUGAUUACCUGUAGUGAGUAUAGUAAAAUACAUAACAUAUUAUAUUUUCUGUUUGUAUUCAAAAGAUGUUUAUUUAACAUUUCAAAAGAGAUUUUACAGUAAUUAUCAGUUGUUUUCAAAUAUCGAAUAUCGAAGCAUAAUAUAAGAUGGUAAGUUAGUUCAAUAGAACUCUUUGAAUCACAACGUAAUGCAAGUUGCGCAUUUAAAAAAUAUUUAAUUAUGUUAUGUAAACCAUUUAUUUUGUGUUCCUAUAAUAAAUUUGAUUUAUCUGACAUCAAAUAUAAUGUUUGUUCUAUGAUGUUAACUUUGAAACUGUGUACUAUACGUUUGAUUUAUUCAUGACCUGAUGUUACGAAUGUAAAAAGUAAAAGUUGUUUAUUGAUGUUUAUGAUGUUAUGAUGAAUGUUAAGACAUGUUUCCAUAUAAAUUUAUCUACCGUA